AUGGGCUCUAUCAGUGCAGCAAAUGCAGAAUUUGCUUUUGAUGUAUUCAAAGAGCUUAAAGUCUACCAUGCCAACGACAACAUCUUCUACUCCCCCCUGAGCAUAAUUGCAGCCCUGGCCAUGGUUUACAUGGGAGCAAGAGAUAAUACUGAAUAUCAGAUGGAGAAGGCUCUUCACUUUGACAAAAUUGCAGGGCUUGGAGGAGCUGCUCAGACCAAGUGUGGCAAGUCUAUGAAUAUCCACAUACUUUUUAAAGAACUUCUGUCUGAUAUCACUGCACCAAAAGCCAAUUAUUCACUCCACAUUGCCAACAGACUCUAUGCUGAAAAGACAUCUUCGAUCUUACCGAUUUACUUAAAAUGUGUGAAGAAACUGUACAGAACAGGUCUGGAAAUGGUUAACUUCAAAACAGCAUCAGAUCGAGCCAGACAGCUCAUUAAUUCCUGGGUGGGAAAUCAGACAAACGGACAGAUCCAAGAUUUUCUUGAGCCACACUCUGUUGAUCCUGAUACUCUGCUGGUCAUUGUGAAUGCCAUUUACUUCAAAGGGAUAUGGAAGACAGCAUUUAAACAAGAAGACACUCGGGAAUUUCCCUUCAGCAUGACAAAGCAAGAAAGCAAACCUGUGCAAAUGAUGUGUCAGAACAGUACUUUCAAAAUAGGAUUUGUGCCUUCAGAGAAAAUUAAGAUCCUGGAGCUGCCAUAUGCCAGUGGAGAGCUGAGCAUGCUGGUGCUGUUGCCUGAUGACAUCUCUGGUCUGGAGCAGCUUGAGAAAAAAAUCAACUUUGAAAAACUUACAGAGUGGACCAGUCCGAGUGUGAUGGAAAAGAAGAAAGUGAAGGUGUACCUCCCGCGCAUGAAGAUUGAGGAAAAAUACAACCUCACAGCUGUCCUAAAGGCCUUGGGUAUGACCGACUUGUUCAGCUCUGCAGCCGAUCUGUCUGGCAUCUCUGCAGCAAACAACCUGAAGAUAUCAGAAGCCAUCCAUAAGGCAUACAUGGAAGUCAACGAAGAAGGCACUGAGAUGGCUGGCUCAGCAGGUGUAAUUGGAGUCGUCAAACAUUCCUCUGAGUCUGAAGAGUUCAAGGCUGACCACCCUUUCCUUUUCUUGAUCAAGCAUAAUCCAACCAACAGCAUCCUCUUUGUUGGUAGAUAUUGCUCCCCCUAAAGAAAGAAAGAGCUGGAAAUAAAGCUUGUCUUCCCCUCAGAAACAGAUCCCCUUUACUGUAGGAUUGUAGUAUAAUCUCAUCUCUUCAAUAUUUUCUCCAAAUGGAAAGCCUAAUCUAAGAAAUGCCUAUUUGGGAAGCUUCCAUACCUGCAGGUGAGGAAAAAACAUGUUUACUACUUUCCCUUCUCAUACUAAUUCCAGGAUUGCUUGAGCUGAAGAGAGACUGAGCCAACAGAGACUAGAUUCUCCCAUCAGCUGAGAAGCGGCCAAGUGAUUUUC